AAUAGUCUUAAGAAUAAUUCAAUGGCCAACAGUUCAAUUCCCGAGAAUGAUACGUUUAGAACAACGGUUACGAUAACAAAGCCUACCAAGAUCGCCUUGUACUGUAUUCUUCUUUUAUGGUCUCUGCUCGGCAACACUCUAGUUAUUGCUGUCGUAUUAACUUACGAAAGAAUGAAAACCAAUUUUAACUAUCUGAUCGUCAACAUGGCAGUAUCAGACCUGCUAGUUCCACUCGUUGUUUUACCAUUUAACAUUUAUAAGCUCCAACAUCCUGAAUGGGCCAUCGGUGGUGACUUUGGUAACGUACUCUGCAAGUUGACCUAUAUUUUUAUUGAUAUAUCUCCAUUUGUUUCGUCUUUAAGUCUCGUCAUCAUAGCCACUGAGAGACUGCUUGUUGUAGCGUACCCCAUGUUGAAAAAUGCUUUAUUCUCAGGCAAAAGAAUUUCCUUAUCAAUUGUCCUCACGUGGAUUGCAGCUGCCAUUUUUCUUUCUCCUUAUUUAUAUUUUUUUAGUGUGACACGUGAAAAUGGUAAGCUCAAGUGUUCCUUAAACCCGUCAGUUUAUCCUCCUUAUGCCAUUUGUACUUUCUUCGCAAUAUUUGGUAUACCUUUGAUUGCAAUCAUUGUCAUCUACACAAUCAUGGCGUACAACCUCGUGAAGGCCUCGAAAAAUGUGGCUAAGAUAAUUACGAACGCGCAAAUGCUCUCUCGACAGCGUCGCAACAGAAAGAUCUUCUAUAUGUCUAUCUCUAUCAUCGUUGCCUUUGUCAUACUUUGGGGACCCUUUUUCUUCUUUCUGCUUAUAGCUGUAGUCCUCCCUAAGUCUGCUUUAAAGGAACUUGAUAAUCAAGCGAUCGAAGUUGCCUAUUUUGUUUGCCCGUUUCUUGCUUAUGCGAAUGCAGCUGUCAAUCCUUGCCUUUAUUUUAUUUUUCUGAGAAGCUAUCGUGAAGGAGCUUGUAUACUUUUUCACAAGAAGUCAGACACUAGCGACGAAGGAGUACAGCUGGAAAUGACUCGUGUUAGAUCUACGAGCUUGACAUCCAGGAAAACAAAUCGGAGUCUACGUGUAGGAAGACGUGCAAGUUCAGUGGAAACACUGACCAACCAAUCAUCAUUCAACAGAAGAGAAAAAAAACACUGACUAUAAAUAAACAAGAAAUUAUAAGAGAAAACAAACCAAGAAAAUGAAAAAUCUAAAUUAACGAACAAAAACCACAAGGAAGAAAACAGGCUUUAAAGUCAACGAAUGAGAAUAAAGACGAACAAAAAACUUUGCAAAAAGUCAGAUCCACAACUCCUUAAAAACGGACUCUCUCAGAUUCAUAAGAUGAACUUCAAGAUUUCUCAGGACGAAAUAGCAGUUUGAUAGUGAUCCAUGAUAAAUAGACUGAGGGUUGAUUCAAUAUCAUUCUGAUAGUGAUCCAUGACAAAUAGAAUAUGUAAUUCGGAUAGAAACGAAAAAACGAUUAUUUCUUUCUUUUUUUAUUACCUAUUCUAAGUUUGCAAGUUACGUCAUCGCGGCCAUGUUGGUACCAUUUAACAAAAGAUUUCUCAUUAGCAUCCAUUGUUAACGGUACCACAAUGGCCCCCAUGUUUUUGUCUUUUGGGAAUGCUUGCAACCUAUCAAUAUAAUUUUACUUGUACUGAAUAAUUCUAAAAUCUCAAGAUAAAUGUGUUUUAAGUAUGGCAGCUGAUAUACAGGACAUAGUUUGUAUAGGAAAUAGCACGAUCUCAAGUACAAUUCGGAAUUUAUAGGUACGAGUGAUAUUGAAAGUUCUCAAAUUGGACGAGCCUUAAAAACAUCACGAGUAUCUAUAAAUUCCGAAUUGUAUGAGAAGAUUGUGCGUUUUUUUGUUUAUAAUACGCUUAACAAAAUUGAGCAACUUAAUUGGUACUCCAAAGAGUA